AGAUGGAUUAAACCUACUACCAAACCCUCCUCUCCUCCAUUUCUCUUUCCACGGCCGAUCGCCGCCGCUCUCCGCCGCCGUCUACAACCUCUACUUUCUGCUCUAUCCUCCGCCUGAUCCACAUCGCCAACAUUUCAACAAGGAGCUGAUCCUGCUCGCCUGAAUCCAGCAUUAGAUCCACUCGCCCUAGAAUCUCGCGCUUCAGCUGAGCUGAUACUUAAUUGCCGCUUCCUCCGUCAUUCCGACAACUAAUUGGUGAGUUAUGGAGCUGUGUGGAGGGUUGGACGGUGGAAUUGGUGAUUGAGCUGGUUUGGGUUGGGGAUUGAGGUCAUAUGGUGUUUGUGUUGUGUACGUUGAUAGAUAGUAUGGGGUCACUCUGCAGUAGACAUCGGCGCAGUCCAGCUGAUCCUGUGGAGAAUGAGCAGACUGCAGAAAUUGAGAGGCGAAUUGAGCAAGAAACAAAGGCUGAGAAGCAUAUUCAGAAGCUUCUGCUACUUGGUGCUGGAGAUUCUGGAAAGUCUACCAUUUUCAAGCAGGUAUGAUGAUCCUUUCUAUAUCAAGAUAAAACUUCUGUUUCAGAGCGGGUUUGAUGAGGCUGAGCUGAAAGGCUAUACUCCAGUCGUCCAUGCCAAUGUUUAUCACACAAUAAAAAUAUUAUAUGAAGGGUCGAAGGAAUUAUCUCAAAGCUCGGAAGAUUCCUUAAAGUUCAUUGUAUCUGAUGAAAAUAAGGAAAUUGGAGAGAAAUUUUCUGAAAUUGGUGGUAGGUUGAAUUAUCCACGUCUAACUAAGGAGAUCGCACAUGAAAUUGAAACUCUAUGGAGAGACAGUGCUAUACAGGAAACAUAUAUCCGUGGCAAUGAACUUCAACUUCCAGACUGCGCUCAUUUUUUUAUGGAAAAUUUACAAAGACUAUCUGAUGUAGAAUAUGUUCCUACUAAGGAAGAUGUUCUUCAUGCUAGGGUUCGGACAACUGGUGUUGUUGAAAUCCAGUUCAGCCCAGUCGGAGAAAACAAGAAAAGUGGGGAGGUAUAUCGUCUAUUUGAUGUGGGAGGCCAGAAAAACGAAAGAAGAAAAUGGAUUCAUUUAUUUGAGGGCGUUUCAGCUGUCAUAUUCUGUGCUGCGAUAAGCGAGUACGAUCAAACUCUCUUUGAGGAUGAUAGCAAAAACCGAAUGAUGGAGACGAAAGAACUCUUUGAGUGGAUUCUGAAGCAACCGUGCUUUGAGAAAACUUCGUUCCUACUAUUUCUGAACAAAUUUGAUUUAUUUGAAAAGAAGGUCCUCAAAGUCCCAUUGAAUGUAUGUGAGUGGUUCAAGGAUUACCAGCCAGUUUCUACUGGGAAACAAGAAAUUGAGCAUGCAUACGAGUUUGUGAAGAAAAAAUUUGAGGAGCUGUAUUUCCAAAGCACAUCACCUGAUCGUGUUGACCGGGUCUUCAAGAUCUAUAGAACAACUGCCUUAGAUCAGAAGCUCGUGAAGAAGACUUUCAAGCUGGUUGAUGAGACUUUGAGAAGGCGAAAUCUAUUUGAAGCAGGACUCUUGUGAUGCACUCGAAACGCCACAAAACCAAAGAAUCAACGCCUUAAGGAGUUUCGGAUUUUGGACUUCAGGCUGCCGCUUCUUUUAUCCCCAGGUCACAUCAUUCGAAUCUUUCGAGUGUGGUUAUGUUACCUGUAAUUUAGCACCCAGAAAAAAAAUUCAGUUAUUUUAUUUAAUUUCCUUGUUUAAAGACCCUCCAAUUUUUAUUUUAUUUUUUUCCCUACAACGAUUGACAAAGAAAGCACUAUUUCAACUAUAUGUUGUUUGUUAUUCAUCAUCUGUAAAUGAGGUGAUCUCUGGCUGUAAAUCACAUUGAUUUUGCAACUUAUGCUAUAUAUAAUAUAUAUAUUGCUUUGA